GCUCAAGCUCGCAUCAAUUCUCCAUGGCAACUACCGUUACACUACUGUAGCUGGAGCUGCAAACCCAACCGUUUGAUCAUUCUGAAACAAGAUUCUGACAAUUUCUUGGGAUUUUUGUUAUAAGAGGUAUACAUAUUUUGGAAGAUGAUGUAAUAUAAAGAAGAUCUGAAAGGAUUUUUUUUACACUGAAAACCAGCUAUUGGCAUUGAAAAUUGAACCGAUACAGGCCUAGGCCAGGCCUGGCAGUUUGUGAUUGGUAUGCCAUAACAAAUCUGUGUGUACAACACGUAACGAAAGAAAGCAAUGGAUGACACUAGAAUUGAAUGGAUGAAAGUAAGGCUGGAGGAGGGUUUGCCAUCUUUGACAGAAUCUUCAAUUUUUGAAGAGUUUAUUGUCAGGGAGGACGGCAAAAAUGAAACCAUAUUACAAGACUUCUUGAACAAUGUUUCCAAGGGAGGAAGUGCUGUUUUAUUCUAUUGCGAGGAAAAGGAAGAAGAGGAGGAAAUUGAAGUUGAAAUAGAGCCAGAACUACCUGUAGAUGAAAGCUCAACUGUUGAGGAAGAUGUAACCUCAAAGACCCAAUCUGCACUUGGAAGUGUAGCAAAUGAUGAAAACGGAACACCAAGCAAAGAUGGGAAAGAUGAUGCACCAAAGGACAUAGAAAAUCAAGACAGCAUAGUCAGUGAAGUCAUGGAGAUUGGAGAUGAACAAAUUGAUGAAAAAAAGAUGAUACAAAGAACAAAAAUAAUAACCCAGAAGGUGACAAGGAAAUACCUCCAAAUGCAUAUUGGCACAUUACCAGAUUUUGUUGAUGAGGAAGUAUUCUUCUUUAUGCAUAAUACCAACCAGGCUGCACCAAUGCCUUCAAGUCUUGAGGAGGCUGAGCAAAUUUUGGCAUCUGUAUUUGAAUUUGGCACUCUCAAUGCACCACCUUUGUUCACACUGGAAGAGGUCCUUUGCCACAUAUACAAUUUGCUUUUAAGCUAUAACAGCCAUAAAAGUGAAACUUACGAAGGCAUGUCAGAGACAGAGAUUAUUGCCCAGCAAAAGGCCCUGGAACAAAGGAAUAAACUGUUUGUGAGAGAUGACUUUUUAAUAAGCCUGCAGAAGUUUGGUCUCACAAUAAACCGAACAAUAAAACAAAUUGAAGGUGAUAUUAAGCUUGAUAUCUCUCCAAGCCUGAUGAAUUUGGCAGGAACAGUAAAGUCCUAUGCAAAAGAUAGAAGUUUUGUCAUGAAGCUUGAAGAAACCCUUCACAACUGGGAGAUGACAGUUGCCUCUGCAGUAGAACAGGUGCUGCGAAGGACACCCCAAGGUAGUGGCCCAUUGGGAGAGGUUGACUUUUGGAGGGAGAGAAAUGCAACAUUGAGUGCACUGUACGAGCAAUUGAAUCUCCCGGUUGUUAAAAAAGUCAUUGACAUUCUUACAGAGGCACAAUCUGAAAGCUUAGCUGGCUAUGACUAUCACAAAACUGAAUUGACCAAGUACUAUGUAGAGGCCAAAGAUAACGUACGUUUCCUAUCAACUUUGGAAAGGCAUUUUAAGAAUCUAUCGCAAGGUAACAGCUUCCAAAUCGUUGUCGAUACUAUCCCUUCGCUGAUGACUGCCUUACACAUGGUCUGGAUCAUUUCUCGUCAUUACAACAAAGACGAAAGAAUGGUGCCAUUGAUGGAGCGCAUUGCCUGGGAAGUGGCUGAAAGAGUCGCCAGAGUGAUCAACGUGAGGAAGAUUCUCAGAGAGCCUCCGAUGGUCAUAAAGAAGAAGACAUCAGAAGCCAAACAGUCGCUCAACAUAUGGAAAGACUCAUAUUUUGAAGUGCGUGCGAAGAUCGAAGCAUCUGGAAGAGAUGCUAGAUGGGAAUUUGAUCGAAAGAGACUGUUUGAGAGGACCGACUACAUGGCCAAAAUCUGCGAAGACCUUUACGAAGUGGCACAGGUGAUGGAGGAAUUUUACAACAUAUUUGGACCUGAACUUAAAGCAGUGACUGGCGACCCAAAGAGAAUUGAAGAUGUGCUUAAGAGAGUUGAUGCUUUAAUUGUUCCUAUCGAAUCUGUUGCUUUUGAUCCAUUCAGCACACGACAUUCGAACAGUUGGAAUAACGUGAUAAGCUGGUUCAGAAAGCAAGUUGUCGCCAUUGAAAACGAAGCAAAACACUUCAUCGACGAUUCUUUUAAAACUCUGCGAUCAGCAGAAGGAGCUUUCGACAUGCUGCUGAAUUUCAGGCAUAUUCGCUCGAGAGAGGCCAUAAAUUCUCAAAUGAUGAGAAAAUUUAAUGACAUACUAUUGCAGUUUGGAAAAGAGGUUGACCAAGCUUUCGACAUGUUCAAGGAAUACGAAGCGUCGCCCCCUGUAUCAAAAAACCAACCACCUGUAGCAGGCGCAAUUAUGUGGGAGCGUUCCCUGUUUCAUCGUAUUAAGAGAACAGUGUUAAAGUUCCAAACAAUGGAGGAAAUGCUGAGUACUGAAACUGGCAAGCAGGUGAUAAAGAAGUACGUAUCGGUUGCUCGUGUUAUGAAAGAAUACGAGGAGAAGAAGUAUGCCUCAUGGCGAGAAAACCUCGAAUCGACACUUAUGUCGUACUUGAAGAGGAACCUUCUUGUUAGAGUUAGUACCACAGCAGCUAGCGCCAGAGCACAUGUCAUGGGUGAGGAGGAAAGGCCAGCUUUCGAGGAGGCGGAAGGAACUGCAUCUCUAACGGCACUGGGACAAGUCCAAAACUACACUCGUUACGCUGUCGAAUUUGCUCCUGAGCUAUCCGAAAUAAUCACAGAAUCAAAGUAUUUGGAACAACUUGGUUAUUCAAUACCAGAACUAGCCAGAAAUGUUGCACUGCAGGAGGACAAAUACAAUCAAUAUGUCGAUGGCCUUAAGCGCAUGCUCAACAGAUAUGACGUUUGCUUAUGCAUCAUGAAUAACGCUGAGGUGCAACUUCUAGACGACCACAUUAAAGAUCUCCAACGAGUGCUGAAGCCUGGAGCCAAAAGGUUGAACUGGAAUUCGCUUGGUAUCUCUGAUUUUGUCACUAAAUGUGAACAAGCGAUAAGCAAGUUUGAGUCUUUGAUGAACCAAGUUCAGAAGAAUGCUAAAGACAUUAACAGCCGACUUUCUGCUAUGGAGAAAACAGUGCUGUUCAAAAGACCUUCAAAGACCAACGGAGUUGCUUAUCUUGACGCAAAGGAUUACUUUGAGUUCUUAAGAACCCACAGAACCAGAGAGAUGGAGGUUCUUGCUCGGAAAUAUCGUGCCAUUGGACCCCUGCUAACAAAGAUGGAAGGCCUGGUCGCCCACACGAACACAGGCAAAUCACCAAAGAUGCAUUCUUAUUAUGCCUAUUGGGAAUCGCGAAUAUAUGACGCACUGUUAAAGUUAAUCACAAGAAACCUACAACUGUUUAUCAACCAGCUACAAUCGAAGCAACCUCUGUUUCAAAUGGAGACUGUGCUUUCUGCUCCUGAAAUUGGCCUUUCCCCGCCUGCCGGGGAACUCCGUAACAUGAUGAUGCAAGCAGCCAGGGAAACAGUAGAAAGCACUAAACUAUUUGUUCGUUGGAUGCAUGGCACGUGCAUAGAGACGCCACCACAGAAGGCUGAGGGAGAGGAUGAGCCUGUUAUCUUCACGUUCUUCACUGACUUUUCGGUAACACCAAGCGUGCUCGACCUCUUUCUCUCAAUAUCAAAAAUGGUGCAAACAUCACUUGGAGGCGUUCUGAAGUAUCUGAGUAGGUGGAAGAGAUAUCGACUUCUCUGGAGCAGAGAUAAGGCAUCUCUGAUGGAGAGAUUUGCAUCUAAAAAGCCGACCUGUGUACAGUUUGAUGACAAACUUCAGUUUUACAGAAAUCUAGUUACUGAGAUUGGAUCUCAAGGGAUGACAAGAGAUAUUGACUUUGUACAUCUAAAUCUUGAACCACUUUCGAUCAGCAUUCGGAAUUCAGCAAGAGAAUGGAUGGAGGCAUUUGGGAAAAUGCUGAAUGAAAGCGCAAGGGAAAACCUUAACACACUGAAGGCUGAGCUUGAGACUCUCUCUAAUGAUCUAACCCGUCCACCUGAUACACUGGAAGACCUGAAAUUCGUUCUUGGUGUCAUUGCAAAGAUCAAAGACAUACAACUGAACGUGGAAUUUCGAAUUUUUGACAUUCUGGAAAGAUAUCGUACACUGCAGAUGUAUAACAUUGAGGUUCCAGAGAGUGAGCUCGAUUUAUCAAAUAAUAUUUCAAACAUAUGGGAGUCACUCUUCCAUCAAGGAAAAGAGGUUGACCUCAGUCUGGUUUCUGUGAAAGCGAAAUUUACAGAGCUAACAUUGGAACAAGUGAAUGAAUUCACGGCUGAAGUGAGUAAAUUCAGAGAAAGUUUCGUCAACGAGGGACCUGGGGCUGUUGGCAACGACUUGGAUGCAGGUGUCGAGAUGUUAAAGAGAUACAAGGAAGAGUACUUGAAGUUUGAAAAAGAAAGACAGGAGCUAACGAAUGCAGAGCGGCUGUUUGAUUUGAAUAUAACCAUGUAUCAGGACAUGCAGCAAAUGGAGCGAGAAAUAAAAGGAAUGGAAAUGAUUUACUCAAUCUACGAAAAACAGAAGGCUGCUCGUGAUGAAUGGGCAAACACCCUGUGGGCCAACCUUGACGUCACAUUGCUUUCUGACGGUAUCGAUGGCUUUAUCAAGCAACUCAGGAGGUUACCUCGUGAGAUCAAGGCAUUCCCAAUUUGUCACAUUCUAGAGGAGAGGAUGAAGGAAUUCAAGAACUCGAUCCCGUUGUUCUCCGAUUUGAAAAGUGAAGCUCUGAGAGAAAGGCAUUGGCGAAAACUUAUGGAGUUGACAAAGAUGGACUUUGACCUCAACCCAGAUUCAUUCACCUUGGAAAACAUGUUCGCAAUGGAGUUGCACCGUUUCCACGAUAUCAUCGCAGACAUUACCGCAAGUGCCUCAAAGGAACUCAGCAUCGAGAAAGGGAUAAACGAAGUGGCAGAGACCUGGAACAACAUGAAGUUCUCUGUACCCAAAUACAUGAAAGGCACCCAAGAGAGAGGCUUCAUUCUUGGUUCCGUCGACGAUAUAUUGCAAAUACUUGAUGAUAACUCCAUGAACCUGCAGAGCAUGACAGCUUCAAGGUUUGUUGGGCCUUUCCUUGAAAGUGUCAACAAAUGGGAAAAGAAUCUAUCGCAUAUCAGUGAAGUUGUUGAGGUAUGGUUGGUGGUGCAGCGGAAAUGGAUGUACCUUGAGAGCAUUUUCAUUGGAGGAGACAUCAGAGCACAGCUACCAGAAGAAGCUAAGAAAUUUGAUGAUAUUGACAAAGUCUUCAAGAAGAUUAUGAAUGAAACUGCUAAAAACUCCAAAGUCUUGGAAGCAUGUCACGCAGCGAAUCGACUAGAGACCAUGCAGUCAUUGGCGACUGGACUAGAAAAAUGUCAAAAGAGCCUUAAUGAUUAUUUGGAUAGCAAAAGGAAUGCCUUCCCGAGGUUCUUUUUCAUAUCAGAUGAUGAGCUACUGUCUAUCUUAGGCAGCCACGAACCAACUUGUGUUCAAGAGCACAUGAUCAAGAUGUUCGAUAACAUCGCAAAACUUCGCUUCGAAGAUGGCAAUGGAAACGAAAAGGUUGCGACAGCAAUGAUAUCAAGUGAGGGUGAAGUGAUGGAAUUCAAGCAAGGCAUAUCAGCUGAAGGCAGAGUAGAAGAUUGGAUGACAAAAGUUCUUGAAGAAAUGAGAAGGACAAACCGACUCAUAACUAAAGAAGCAAUUUUCAAGUACUGCGACGGGAUUUCUAGGCCUGAUUGGAUGCUUAAGUACCAGGGCAUGGUUGUCCUAGCCGGGAGUCAAGUAUGGUGGACUUGGGAAGUCGAAGACGUGUUCGAAAAAGUUCGCAAAGGGGACAAAAUGGGAAUGAAAAAUUAUGCCAAGAAAAUGCACAAGCAGAUAGAUGACCUUGUCGUUAAGAUCCGGUCAAGCUUAUCAAACAACGAUCGCAAGAAGUACAACACAGUAUUGAUUAUCGAAGUUCACGCAAGAGACAUAAUUGAUCGAUUUGUCAGAGACAGCAUCAUGGAUUCAAGAGAAUUUGAAUGGGAAAGUCAGCUGAGAUUUUACUGGAAGCAGCAACCAGAUGAAUUGAUGGUGAUGCAAUGCACCGGGGAAUUUGGUUACGGAUAUGAAUAUAUGGGGCUGAAUGGAAGGCUUGUAAUUACGCCGUUGACAGAUAGGAUUUAUCUUACAAUCUCUCAGGCAUUGUCAAUGUACCUUGGUGGUGCACCAGCUGGACCUGCUGGUACUGGUAAAACUGAAACAACGAAAGAUUUGGCAAAAGCUCUUGGGCUACUUUGUGUUGUUACAAACUGCGGAGAGGGCAUGGAUUUUAAAUCUAUUGGAAAGAUUUUCUCCGGCCUGGCACAGUGUGGAGCUUGGGGUUGCUUUGAUGAAUUCAAUCGUAUUGACGUAUCAGUCUUGUCUGUGAUUUCGACACAGAUAAAAACGCUGCAGAAUGCUCUUGCUUCUAAGCUGAAACGACUACAGUUUGAAGGGACUGAGAUCAAUCUUGAUCAUCGAAUGGGCAUCUUCAUCACAAUGAACCCUGGCUAUGCAGGUCGAACCGAGCUACCAGAGAGUGUGAAGGCGCUUUUUAGACCAGUUGUUUGCAUUGUGCCAGAUCUUCAGCAGAUUUGCGAAAUCAUGCUUUUUUCAGAGGGCUUUUUGCUGGCGAAGGUGCUUGCCAAAAAGAUGACCGUUCUCUACAAACUUGCUGCAGGACAAUUGUCAAAGCAAUCUCACUACGAUUUUGGCCUACGAGCCUUGAAGGCAGUUUUAGUCAUGGCUGGCGAAUUGAAACGAGGAUCUCCUGAUUUGCCUGAGGACGUGGUGCUCAUGCGCGCACUUCGUGAUAUGAAUCUGCCCAAGUUCGUGUUUGAAGACGUACCGCUGUUUCUCGGAUUGAUUGCCGACUUGUUCCCAGGACUCGACUGCCCGCGUGUGCGGUAUCCAAACUUUAAUGAUGCUGUGGAAUCUGUUCUUCAAGACAACCGCUAUGUUUUGCUCCCUGAACAGGUUGAUAAAGUGGUGCAGAUGUAUGAGACGAUGCUGACGAGGCACACGACAAUGAUUGUUGGGCCGACUGGCGGUGGGAAGUCAGUUGUUAUAAAUACGCUAUGUCAAGCACAGACUAGGCUCGGUCUUCCAACCAAGUUAUACACGAUGAAUGCAAAGGCCUGCUCCGUCAUUGAGCUUUAUGGUACCCUUGACCCAAUAACACGUGACUGGACGGAUGGAUUGCUGUCGAAUAUUUUCAGGGAAGUAAAUAAACCAACAGACAAAAGUGAAAGAAAGUACAUACUUUUUGACGGAGAUGUGGACGCACUCUGGGUUGAAAACAUGAAUUCUGUUAUGGAUGACAAUAAGCUGCUUACGCUGGCAAAUGGUGAAAGAAUCAGACUUCAGAAGCAUUGUGCUUUGCUGUUCGAGGUUGCUGAUUUGAAAUAUGCCUCGCCUGCAACUGUCUCCAGGUGUGGAAUGGUGUAUGUGGAUCCAAAGAACCUUGGCUACAGACCAUUUUGGGACAAGUGGUGUAGCGCGAGAGUCAAUAAAAACGAGCAAAAGGAGUUGAUGAAUUUGUUUGAGAAGUAUGUGCCCCAGUGCAUCGAUCUUGUUCUAGAAGGCAUUGUCGAUGGCAAGCAAGGAAAGAGGCUCAAAACGAUUGUUCCACAGACAAACCUGAAUAUGGUCACCCAGCUAGCCAUGAUGCUCAAUGCUCUCCUGCCAGCACCGGAAACAAACACAUUUGCUGGACAAGAUAUAAUCGAAGGGAUAUUCAUAACAUCUCUGAUAUGGUCAGUCGGCUCUUGUCUCCUAGAAGACGGCCGUUUAAAGUUCGAUAACUAUGUUAAGCGUCUUUCCGCCCUUUCCACUAAUGCAUCUGAAGGAGUGACAGUCGGACCGGGUGAGAUCCCGACAGCCCAGCCGACAUUGUACGAGUAUUACUUCGACGUGGAGAAGUCCAAAUGGGUGCCUUGGGUGAGCGUCGUGCCGAACUAUGUACACGACCCAGUUAUAAAAUUCAACGAAAUUCUCGUGCCGACAGUAGAUACUUGCAGAAGUAAGUGGUUGAUAGAGCUGAUGGUUGGCAUACAGAGGCCAGUAGUCUUGGUUGGUGAGACAGGGACAUCGAAAACAGCCACAGUGCAGAGCUUUUUGCGAAAACUCGAUACGGAUACAUACCUGCAACUAAACAUAAAUUUUUCUUCGCGAACAACAUCGAUGGAUGUUCAACGGAAUUUAGAGGCAAACGUUGAGAAAAGAACCAAAGAUACGUAUGGUCCUCCUAUGGGAAAAAAACUUUUGGUGUUUAUUGAUGACAUGAAUAUGCCGCAGGUGGAUACCUAUGGUACACAGCAGCCAAUUGCCUUAUUGAAGCUGCUCCUUGAAAAGGGGGGAAUGUAUGACAGAGGAAAAGAACUCACAUUCAAGCAUUUCAGGGACAUUGGUUUCCUUGCAGCAAUGGGAAAGGCCGGAGGAGGAAGGAAUGAAGUGGAUCCUCGAUUUCUCACGUUGUUCAGUGUGUUUAACAUGACAUUUCCGUCAGAAGAGUCACUUAAAAAGAUAUACUUCUCCAUACUGGAUGGUCACUUAGCUCCGUUCAAAAAGGAAAUCCGAAAUUUGACAAGUCCCAUCACCAACUGUACUCUAGAGCUGUACUCAAAGAUCGUGCACGAGCUGCCACCAACGCCAUCGAAGUUCCAUUACAUAUUCAACCUUAGAGAUUUGUCUAGGGUUUACCACGGACUGUGCCUGACAACGCCAGAUCGGUUCAGUGAGCCACAACAAGUGAUUCGAGUUUGGAGGAAUGAAUGUCUGCGGGUGUUCUAUGAUCGCUUGAUCAAUGAUAAUGACAAAGACCUUGUCCAGGGACAUUUAAAACGUCUGGUUGAAGAACAUUUUGCGGAUCAUUCCUCAGUGGUGCUUCGAGACCCAGUAUUGUAUGGAGACUAUCGCAAUGCAUUAACAGAAGAGCCUAGACUUUACGAAGAUGUAGUCGAUUAUACAGCUUCUAAGGCCAUCUUUGAAGAGAUUCUUGAAGAGUAUAACGUUGAUAGAAAUGCAAUGAGCCUCGUUCUAUUUGACGACGCAUUAGAGCACCUUACGCGCAUUCAUCGUGUUAUCCGCAUGGAUCAGGGGCACGCUUUGCUUGUCGGCGUGGGUGGCAGCGGAAAGCAAAGUCUCACUCGACUGGCCGCCUUCGCUGCUGGCUGCGAUGUAUUCGAAAUAACGCUGACUCGUGGAUAUGCUGAGAACGACUUUAGGGAAGAUCUGAAAAGCUUGUACCAAAAACUUGGAAUGGAAGACAAAAAAAUGGUAUUUUUAUUCACUGAUGGUCAUGUUGCCCAAGAAGGUUUCCUGGAAUUAAUCAAUAACAUGCUCACUUCCGGAAUGGUCCCUGCAUUGUUUGCAGAUGAUGAAAAAGAAGCCAUUCUCAAUCAGAUACGCCCCGAAGCGCAGAAACAUGGCGUAGGACCGAGCAGAGAGGCGGUAUGGCAGUUUUUUGUAACUAAGUGUGCAAACAACCUACACAUCGUGUUGGCCAUGUCGCCCGUCGGCGAUACACUGAAGACGCGGUGCAGGAACUUCCCAGGCUUGGUUAAUAACACCAGCAUCGACUGGUUUAUGGCGUGGCCGCAACAAGCUCUCUUUGCUGUAGCUUCGCGAUUUCUUGAAGAACAAAACAAGAUACCCGAUGAAUACAAGGACAAUGUCAUUGAACACGUGGUCAAAGUUCACGGAUCGGUUGGGGUUUACAGCAAAAUGUUUCUACAAAAACUUCGAAGAGUCAAUUACGUCACUCCAAAGAAUUACUUGGACUUCAUCAAAACGUAUGUUCGACUGCUGGAAGAAAAAGAUCAGUUCGUGCUUGAACAGUGUCGACGUUUAGAUGGAGGUCUGUCAAAACUGUUAGCUGCAAGUGAGCAGUUGGUGGAGUUAAACGAAAAAUUGGAGAUUCAAAAGGUAGCUGUGACGGAGAAAACUGAGGCCUGUGAGAAACUUUUGGAGGAGAUCACACAGAAGACGAACCAGGCUAACGAGAAGAAGGAAAUGGCUGUAGGCAAACGAUCAGAGAUUGCUGAAGAGAAAAUAAAAAUAUCAGAAGAAAAGGCCGAAGCCGAAGAUGCCCUUGCGGAGGCCUUGCCCGCGCUUGAAGAGGCCCGUCUUGCAUUGCAGGAGCUUGACCGAUCAGACGUCACUGAAAUCAGAACGUUUUCAAAGCCACCCAAACCAGUGCAGCUAACACUGGAGUGCAUUGUCAUACUGCGAGGCAUCAAGGAUGUAUCAUGGAAGACUGCCAAAGCAAUGAUGUCCGAAUCUGGUUUUCUGAAAUCUCUUCAAGACCUCGAUGUCGAUGGCAUUUCCUCUGGUCAGGUAAGAAAUGUGAAGGGAUUGCUAAGAGAAAUGGAUACUCCGAUCGAUCAAAUGAAAGAAAUAAGCAAAGCUGGCGCUGGUUUACUGAAAUUCGUAUGGGCAAUUAUGGGAUAUUGUGAUGUUGCAAAGACCAUCAAACCGAAGAGAGAAAAGGUUGCACGGCUUGAGAGAAAUUUCAUGCAGAGCAAAAGAGACCUUGAAAGAAUAGAAAAAGAAGUUGCUGCUAUCGAGGCUCUGUUGAAGUCCCUCGGGGAUAAGUAUGAAGAAGCAAUGAAAGAGAGGCAGAGUCUGCAGGAAGAGGCCAACAUUAUGGAACGGAGGCUGAUUGCAGCUGACAAACUUAUAUCAGGCCUCGGAUCAGAGAAAAUCAGGUGGACGGAAGACCUUGAAGAGCUCAAAAAGCAACGCAAGCGUUUACUUGGUGACUGUUUACUUGGAGCAGCCUUUCUUAGCUACCUCGGCGCUUUCAGCUGGGAUUUCAGAAACGACUUGUUACGCAAGGAAUGGGAAGCAGAUAUAUUGGCGAGGGAAAUACCAAUCAGCCAGCCAUUUAAGUUGGAUACAUUGCUAACGAGCGACGUGGAGAUAAGCAAGUGGACAUCGGAGGGUCUUCCUCCUGAUGAGUUGUCCAUCGAAAAUGGCAUUCUCACAACUCAGGCGAGCAGAUACCCUCUUUGUAUCGAUCCCCAACAGCAGGCAUUGAACUGGAUUAAGAAGAAAGAAGAAAAGAACAAUCUCAAGGUACUUACUUUCAACGAUCCAGAGUUCUUGAAGCAGCUUGAACUUGCAAUCAAAUACGGUUUUCCAGUGCUCUUCAAGGACGUUGAUGAAUACAUCGACCCAGUGAUUGACAAUGUCCUUGAGAAAAACAUCAAAGGUGAAGCUGGACGACAAAGCGUAAUUCUUGGUGACAAAGAGAUCGACUACGAUCCUGCCUUUAGGCUCUACCUGAAUACGAAGCUGUCCAAUCCAAAGUACACACCGGCCCAUUUCGGAAAAUGCAUGGUUGUCAAUUACACGGUUACUCUUAAGGGCCUUGAAGAUCAGUUGUUAAGUGUGAUUGUUGGCUUUGAGCGGAAAGAGUUAGAGGAACAAAGAGAGAGGCUCAUUCAAGAAACAAGUGAUAAUAAGCGCCUACUGAAAGAUCUAGAAGACACGCUUCUCAGAGAAUUGGCAACAUCAACUGGAAACAUGCUUGAUAAUGCAGAAUUGGUGCAAACAUUGGAAGACACAAAGGGAAAAGCUACGGAAGUAGCCGAAAAACUCAAGCUUGGAGCAAAAACGGCGAAGGAUAUUGACAAACUUAGGGAUGGAUAUCGACCAGCAGCGAAACUGGGUGCUGUGCUUUUUUUUGUGCUUGCAGAAAUGUCAAAUAUCAACUCCAUGUACCAGUAUUCGCUUAAUUCAUUUUUGGACGUGUUUGGUCUCUCGCUUAGAAAGAGCUUGCCAGAUUCCAUAUUGACAAAACGGCUGAAGAACAUAAUGGACACGCUAACAGUCAACCUCUAUAACUACGCCUGCACUGGUUUGUUCGAGCGACACAAGUUGUUAUUCUCGUUCCAAAUGACUGUGAAAAUAAUGGAGGCGGAUAACAAGAUGAGUCAUGAUGAGCUGGAUUUCUUCAUCAAGGGAAACAUUGCGCUUGAGAAGGGAGCAAGAAAAAAGCCUCAUGCUUGGUUGACCGAUCAGGGAUGGGAGGAUAUUCAAAAACUUACUACCGUCGUCCCUGAUAAAUUCUCUAAUCUUGCCGACAGCAUAGAGAGAAACGGAAAUGUUUGGAAAGAGUGGAACGAUUUGGAUGCACCAGAGUCAGCACAGUUCCCUGAAAACUACGAGGAAAGCUUGACGGAUUUCCAGAGGCUUCUUCUCUUGAGAUGCUUCAGAGUGGAUCGCAUUUACCGUGCAAUAACAAGCUUUGUGAUCGGCAGAAUGGGCGAAAAGUUUGUGACACCACCGGUUAUUAGCUUCGAAGCAAUAUUUGAGCAAUCAACGCCCUUUUCGCCAAUCAUAUUCAUUCUGAGCCCCGGUUCGGAUCCAGCAAGUGACCUCAUGAAAUUGGCAGAGAGAUCUGGCUUUAGUGGAAACAAGCUAAAGUUUUUAGCCAUGGGUCAGGGUCAAGAAAAGCUUGCUCUGCAACUGCUAGAAACAGCAAUAAGCAGAGGACAUUGGCUAAUGUUGCAGAACUGCCAUCUCUUAGUAAAAUGGUUGAGGGAGCUGGAAAAGGCCUUGGAGAGGAUCAACAAGCCACAUCCUGAUUUCCGGCUUUGGCUCACAACAGACCCCACUCCACAAUUCCCGAUCGGAAUUCUACAGAGAUCUCUCAAGGUUGUUACUGAGCCACCGAAUGGGCUGAAGUUGAACCUUAGGAGUACAUACCACAGGAUAACAAACGCUGUUUUGGCAGAGUGUCCCCAUACGGCAUACCCUGCACUUGUGUACGUGCUAGCCUUCUUCCAUGCUGUUGUACAAGAAAGGCGAAAGUAUGGAAAGAUAGGCUGGAACAUCCCAUACGACUUCAACGAGUCAGACUUCCGUGUUUCGAUGCAGCUGCUUGGCACAUACCUCACAAAAGCAUACGACUUGGCUGAAAGCAAAGUACCGUGGGGCAGUCUCAAGUAUCUCAUUGGAGAGGUCAUGUAUGGUGGUCGUGUCAUUGACGACUUUGACAGACGAGUUGUCAACACAUAUAUGGAUGAAUAUAUGGGAGACUUCAUUUUUGACACGUUCCAGCCGUUCCAUUUUUAUGUGGAUGAAUCUGUUGAUUAUUCUAUUCCCAAACCGGGCAAUGAAGCGGAAGAGCCAAAGAAAGUCGAAGACAAAAAAUCCAAAGGCAACAAUUCUAAAAAAGAGGGCAUAAGACCCGAAUGUAAUCGUGAUGUUUACAUGGACAUAAUUGAGUCGUUGCCAUUGUCAAAUACUCCCAACGUGUUCGGUCUACAUGCAAACGCCGAGAUCGGAUACUACACAAGUGCUGCAAAAGACAUUUGGGCGCAUUUGGUGGAGCUACAGCCGCAGACUGGAAUUGACAGUGGAGGGAUAAGCAGGGAGGAGUUCAUCGGCAAAAUCGCGUCCGACAUUCAAAGCAAGCUGCCUCAGCAGUAUGACGUCCCACAAAUCAAGAAGCAAAUCUCUGAGAUGACACCAACCACCAUCGUCUUGCUGCAAGAGCUUGACAGGUUCAAUGUGCUCAUUUCAAAAAUGGCGACAACCUUGAUGAAUUUGCAGCGGGCCUUGGCUGGGGAAGUUGGCAUGGACAACGAGCUAGACGAGGUAUCAAGAGCACUAUUCAAUGGCCAGUUGCCACCAAGUUGGCGCAAAUUGGCACCAGCAACGCUGAAGACCCUCGGUAGCUGGAUUGAGCAUUUCUUACACCGCCAUGAACAGUACACCAAAUGGGUUAACGACGGCGAGCCUCCAGUCAUCUGGCUCUCUGGGCUUCAUAUCCCCGAAUCGUAUCUAACCGCUCUGGUCCAAGCCGCUUGCCGCAAAAACGCCUGGCCGCUUGAUCGCUCGACAUUAUACACGUGCGUUACGAAAUACCAAACAACCGACGAAGUUACGGAGCAUGCGCACACCGGAUGUUUUAUUCGAGGGCUCUACUUAGAAGGAGCGUCUUGGGAUCUUAAUUCCUCGUGCCUGGGUGUGCCGAGGCCAAAACAGCUGGUCGAAGAGCUUCCGAUUUUAAAAGUCAUUCCAAUUGAGGCUCAUAAGCUCAAGUUACAGAACACGUUUAGGACACCAGUAUAUGUGACUUCAGAAAGACGGAACGCAAUGGGUGUCGGUCUGGUUUUCGAAGCAGAUCUUGCGACACACGAGCAUGUUUCUCAUUGGGUUUUGAAAGGUGUUUGCCUGACCUUGAACUCUGAUUAGAACGGGUUGUCCUAACUUGCUGUACAUAGUUGCAUUUGUAAACUGCAUUUCAGGAUUUAAACAGAUUGGUAACAUUGUAAAUACAAAGCAAAUUUGAACUUUUACCUCCAAAAAGCGAAACGUUUUCAUUUCAUCUAAAUAUAAUCAGACGUCUUAAUAUCAUCUUUUCUUAAUGACAUCGACAUCAAAAUAAUAUAUAUUUAAUUGGAGAAGAAAAAUAAACCGAUGGCAAUAAAAUUACAAAAAAAUUGAUUGUAAAAGUCAAAUUUGUUUCCUCUACUUUAAUGAUUGUUUUUAACUGUUAUCUAUUUUUUGUUCAGGUAA